AUGCCCCAACAAUCUGUGUGUUGCAACUGGUGUCGUGCGGUGGUUUAUUGCAGUGCUCUUUGCCAGAAGCAGCACUGGAAGGAAACACAUAAAGGCAUGUGUGGCCUUUGCAAGGCAACGAUGGAACGAGAAGAAGAGUUGGCAAUGAAAUUCUUUGUCUUCCCUUGUUCAGCUUUUCAGCCAUGUAAAUGGCUUGAAUCAUUGGAUAUCCACCACAAGGGGAUGUGGAUGAGAAAGUGCAGUUGCCAGUCCCACAUCCCUUACGGUCAACUUCCUGUUAAUGGUGGACUUUGGGAUUCAUCGGGUGGGCUGGAUGAUGAUGAGUACCCUCGUGAUUCACCUUUUCAUAAUCAUUUAGGGGAUGGGAUGUCGAGUCCGAUCCUUCUCUCUGGUUGGACAGAGUACUAUAACCGUCGAUCGCUGCCAAUGUCAAGCCCUGUUGCAGACAUUCUCUCCCACCCCUUGACAAUCUAUUACAUAUUAACAGCACUCAAUAUCAGUUCAAAGAACCUUUUUCUCAAAGGCAAAGAGGUGAUUCUUCACUACCAUGGGCCUGAAGGGGAGUUGGAUUGGAUGCCAGCAUUUGCUGAGAUUGGUCAUCUUCUUAAUGGGAUGAGCAAUAUACAGAUGGUAAUGGUGGGCCCUGGAGUUCCAAUGAAUUUGUCAGGGACAACUUCAGGGAUAAGUAGCAGAGUAAGGGUGAAUCUUGUGAGGGGACUUUAUCAGGAGGAAGCCACUUACCUAUCAUCACCUCAUGUAGUUUUGCACUCAACUGUGGAUUAG